AUGGCGCCGAACGGGGCGAAGCGACGCAAGGCGUCGUCGCCGAUCGCGGGCGAAGGCGCGGCGAAGAGCGCGCGCGAGGACGACGACGCGGGGGGAGAUGCGCGGGAAAAGAUGAUGACGACGACGGAACGGGACGGCGACGACGACGACGGCGCCGGGGGGGGGCUGGUGCGAGUGAACGCGGACGCGGAGGAAUCGUACGAUGAUCUGACGGCGUCGGCGCUGACGGGGAUCGAGGCGCACGCGAUCGAGGCGGAGGCGGAGCUGCAGAAGGCGCGCGUGGCGUCGCCGAGCGGGAAGGGCGGCGGGAAGGGCGCGAGCGAGGACGCGAGCGCGGCGGCGAGCGGGACGACGAAGUUGGACGAUAAAAAGUUUAAACA